AUGGCGGAACAGCAUCAGAUGAUUGGAGAUGAGAUUGGGAGAGGAGCAUCCGGACGAGUAUAUAAAGGGUUGGAUUUGGAGAAUGGGGAUUUUGUUGCAUAUUUUUUACUAUAUGUUUUUUACGUUUAUUGAAUCCAUUGUCUUCUAUUGCAGAUUCUGAAUCAUAAAAAUAUUGUGAAAUAUCUUGGAUCCUUAAACACGAAGACUGACCUUAACAUAAUCCUUGAGUAUGUGGAAAAUGGCUCACUUGAUAACAUUAUCAAGCCAAGCAAAUUUGGACCUUUCCCUGAAACGUUGGCAGCAGUUUAUAUCGCUCAGGUCUUGGAAGGUUUGGUAUAUCUACAUGAACAAGGUGUAAUUCAUAGAGAUAUCAAGGGUGCUAACAUAUUGACAACCAAAGAGGGUCUUGUUAAACUUACUGAUUUUGGAGUUGCAACAAAACUAAAUGGGUCAGGUGUUAAUACAACUUUUGUUGCUGGAACACCAUAUUGGAUGGCCCCCGAGGUGAUUGACCUGUCAGGGUCAUGUGCUGCGUCAGACAUUUGGAGUGUGGGCUGCACCGUGAUAGAGCUUCUCACAUGUUUCCCUCCUUACCAUGACCUCCCGCAUUAUGCAGCCCUUUACCGGAUUGUUAAGGAUGAGGUGCCUCCAAUACCUGCUAACCUGUCACCUGACGUUAGAGAUUUUCUGCAUCAGUGCUUUAAGAAGGAUGCUAAGCAGAGACCAGAUGCAAGCACAUUACUAUUGCAUCCUUGGAUGCAAAACUUAUCACGUUCUUUCCAAUCUUCUGUCCGGCAAACAGGUGGAACAAUGAGGAGUACACAGCCAGAAGUUUCAGUGGAUUCUGAAAUCUCCAUUGGAGAUGAUCAGAGCAAUGGUGAAAACCCUACGAGAGAGAGAACCAACAGAGAUGCUUCUAACACUGAACCAGAACAGGAAGCAUUUGGUAUGAGGUCUGAUAAGGAUGUGCUUUCUGAUAAAAAUCCUACCUCCACUUUCGAUGAAAAAUCAUGCAUAAGAUCUAGUUCUCAUAGGCUUUCAUCUACUAGAGUGGAUGCUCCUAGCAAUCUAACAAGCUCCCAUAAGAAUUCAAAUAUGGUAGGUCUGGAUGAAAGGACGUUGAAUGGGGAGGUGUGCGCUCUAGAUUUGAGAAAGGAAGGCAUUAUGGGUGGAGAAUGUGAAGGAGAGGGGAGUUCUGCUCUUCAAUCAAAGAUUAGAAGAUAUGGCACACAAAAGGAUGCUGAGUUCAACAAACUAGUUGGGUCUCUGAAACCGGAUGAGCCUGAAGAUGUGAUUGUGUCAGCCUGUCAGAAACUUAUUACUUUCUUUGAAGAAUUCCCAGAUGAGAAAAUUGCUUUUGUCACUCAACAUGGUCUGCUUCCUCUAAUGGAACUUCUUGAAGUUCCUAAAAAUCAUGUUAUAUCUUCUGUUCUCCAAAUUAUCAAUCUGAUAGUCAAAGAAAAUGCCAAUUUCCAAGAAUAUGCUUGUUUCCUAGGUCUCAUUCCAGUCAUGAUGAACUUUGCUGCGCCCAAGUGCCCUCAGGAAGUCCGCAUGCAGGCAGCUUAUUUCUUGCAGCAGCUAUGUGAGUCCAGCUCUUCUACACUGCAAAUGUUCAUUGCAUGCCGUGGGAUACCCGUUUUGGUGGGUUUCCUAGAGGCUGAUUACAUAAAAUACAGGGAGAUGAUACAUCUUGCCAUUGACUGCAUGUGGCAGGUCUUUAAACUCCCGCACUCAACACAAAGAAAAGAUUUUUGCUGUAUAGCUGCAAUGAAUGGAAUACUACCUAGGCUGGUCAACACCCUCUAUAGUUUGAAUGAGGCAACUCGGCUCGCUUCUUCUUCCGAUGAUGGAUCCUUGCCAGCAUUUGGUUUAAGUCCACGACCACAAUCUGUUCCACAGGAUCCUAGCCAACCUCUUUCGAAGCAGGGUGAAACACCACUUUCCUGCUCCAGAAAGCUCGGCCCCCGUGAGGUUAUACCUGGAAUCAGUGACCAUCCUUUGCCAGCAGGAAACCUGGAAAGAUCAGCUUCCCAUGUCCAGCUGGAAGCCGCAGUCACUUCCUUGCCGGAGCUUGCAAGUGAAGGAGAGGCUGGGAACUCAAUAACCAAGGAUUCUGCAAAAAAUACUUCUCAGGACUGGAAACGUUUGGGUUCAUAUAAGCACAAUUCUUCCCUAGCAGAAGCUGACCUUCAUCGACAACAAGGAGUCACUGGUAGAGGUUCUUCUGACAAGCCUCUAAAGCAGGUAUCGAAUGGUACCCCCAGGAUUACUAAUUCACUGGCUUCCGAGCAAGAUCAGGUUGGACCGUUUCUGAGAUUGUUAGAAAAGGAACCACCUUCUCGACAUGGCUCUGGUAAGCUCGAGUAUGUACGCCAGCAAUCUGGUUUAAUGAGGCGGGAAAGUAGACUGCCACUUUUACAGACAUCUGUGGAAAGGAAAUCAGCAGGGGAACUAGAUUUCCUGAUGGCAGAGUUUGCAGAUGUCUCAAGACAGGGAAGAGAAAACAAAAAUCUAUAUUCCAAUACUAGUUUUUCACAUAAAAUAGGUGAUAAGAGCUUCAAAACAGCCCGCAUGGGGUCAAGAACCUCCGAUGAAGGAUCUGCUUCUAGAUAUGAAGUUGCAUCUUGGACAACAUCGGGCGUACUAUCUGGAUCUGUCAUUCUUAGAGAAAAGGCAGGAAGUAUGGCAUCAUCUGGGGUACUUUCACAUACAGCAGCAAUGCUAGAUGCCGAUGUUGCAAGGGAAUAUCUUGAAAAGGUUGCAGAUCUUUUGCUAGAAUUUGCUCGAGCAGACACCACAGUAAAAUAUCGCAUGUGUAGCCCAAGCUUGCUGAGUCGUCUCUUCCGUAUGUUCAACAGGAUAGAGCAUCCCAUUCUUCUAAAGAUACUGAAGUGUAUCAAUCAUUUGUCAACCGAUGCAAACUGUUUAGAAAGUCUUCAGCGUGCAAAUGCAAUCAAACAUUUGAUUCUGUAUCUUGAGCUCCAUGAUGGUCCAUUGAUCUCUCAAAUACAUAAUGAAGUCCUCAAUGCACUUUUCAAUCUUUGCAAGAUAAACAAGAAAAGGAUGGAGCAAGCAGCGGAAAAUGGAAUUGUUCCGCACUUGAUGCAUUUCAUCCACUCAGAUUCACCAUUGAAACAGUGUGCAUUGCCUCUUCUGUGUGAUAUGGCCUAUGCAUCCAGUAACUCAAGGGAGCAAUUAAGGGCUUGUGGCGGUUUGGAUGUGUACUUAAGCCUUUUAGAUGAUGAUCUCUGGUCAGUGACAGCAUUAGAUUCUCUCUCAGUCUGCUUGGCACUUGAUAAUGAUCAGAGAAGAGUAGAACAAGAAUUGCUGAAGAAGGAAGCAGUCCAGAAAUUGGUGAAGUUCUUCAAAUGCUGUCCAGACCAAUAUUUCAUGAACAUAUUGGAGCCCUUUCUGAAAAUCAUUACAAAAUCAUCCCGAAUAAACACAACGUUGGCUGUCAAUGGCUUGACACCAUUGCUGAUCGCAAGACUUGACCAUCAAAAUGCUAUUGCUCGCAUCAAUCUACUCAAAAUGAUAAAGGCCGUCUAUGAGCACCACCCUCGGCCAAAGCAACUCAUAGUGGAGAAUGACUUGCCUCAGAAACUUCAAUGUCUGAUUGAAGAGCGCAGAGAUGGACAGCCAUCCGGAGGCCAGGUCCUAGUCAAACAGUUGGCAACAGCACUGCUUAAAGCACUUCAUGUCAACACUGUCCUGUAAAUUCAGGUCCACCUCACCCUGUUUCCCCAUUUUUAUCCAUUCUCUUUCUUAGAAAAAUUGUAAAUAUGCUACAUUUCCAUUCCUUUUGUUCUUCUUUUCCCCCUAUGUCCUCUGUUGGAGGAACAAGAUAGGGUGAGACAAUGCUCUUUUCCACAACUCUUAGGGUGUAUAGGCUGCAUUUUUCUUCUCAUAUCCUCUGCUAGAAAUCGUAUACCUUGUGCUGAGAACCCAAGGUACGGAUUUUUAUUUUUAUUUCAUACAUGGUGCAGUUGUAUAUAUUGAUCAUCACAUUGCAUCUUCAAAAAUUUCAAAUUUGAUUUUUCUUCAGUUCUUGCUUCAAAUCCUACCAUUGAUUAAAUGUUACCGUGGCUUCUCUCACGCUUUUGCAUGUUUAAGAACAACAGACUGCAUGCAGGUUAAUGAUCACGUACAAUCAAAACAUGCGGUAAUUACCCUAUGUUCAAGCUGUUUGGCGACAACGUAAUGUAUGAGUGCCAUCCAAACCGUCCAUUGGAUGCGAUCCCCAAUGUUAGGCCUAUUUACCAAACUCCAGCCUUAUCCAAAACUCAGCCGAACCACAUGAAAAGGGGGAACAACAGUGACAUUGGCGACAAGGACACCCACCGUAUAAACUCCAUGAUGGAAUGUGGGGCCCACGAUCCUGUUGUGUACACGCCAUCCAACCAAUCAUCAAGCUCGCCCAUCAGGAUGAAAGGAUACCCUGGAGGUACCGCCGUUACAAAAUUUAGGUAGGCCUCAAGAAGUGAAUAUAUGUGUUUUAGGCAUGAUGUACAUCGCUCACUGUGGUGUGUCCCAACUGAGUUUUUGAUAGGAUGAUUCUUGGGAUGUAGGGCUCCUAUGGGGGGGCUGGAUCAUGAUGUGGGCCCCACACAGUAAGAUCAUAUGCCACGCAUGUGAUCAUUCCCCAUGUAUAAUCGCCACUGUGUUCUAUGUCAGUACUAAAGAAAUUGAACAUUUUUAGUAACCUCUGGUGACCAGGGACUGUUGGUUACUGUAUAGUAGGUCACACAAUACAUUGGGCCCUAUUUCUUUCUUUUUUUUC